AGGACAGCGCAGGGAGGGCCCUUUGCAGCCUGGCUGGCAUGCUGGGCGGCCACCCGCAGGCCAGCUGCUUCCUGGAGCUGCUUCCUAUGGACACUCAGAUCCCAAGUCCAACCUCUGACCCAACCCCAGCCCUGUGAUCCUGAGUGCCCGCUCAGCCCCCAGUGCUCCCUCCCCCCAGAUCCCUAGAUCUUCCAACCCCCAGGUCUCCGGCCCCAACAUGGAACCCUCACCCCCACCCCCUCUCGUCUCCGUUUUUCUUGACCAGAUCUGCUUUCUCUACCUCAGAGUCUCCUGUUAAAACCCCUGUCCCCAGGCCAGCACAUUACUACCUGUGGAAAAUGGUCUGCUUCAGCUUCCGCAGCCCAGCUCCCUUCCUGGCCCAACACAUGUAGCUGGGUCAGCCUGGGAACCAACCGCUCCAAGUUCCCUAGCAGCACUCAGUCAGCAGAGGCUGGGGGAAGGGCGACCUGGGCCACAGAGACUGGUCAGUUCUGCCAGGGGGGAGAAGGCCGACCAAGAAAGAGAGGGAGGCCCAUUCGUACCCCCGUCCACCCACAAACCCAUCCACCCAGCCAUCCAUUCGGCCACCCAGCAGCCUGGUUUCUGCUGUGCUGGACAUAGAGCAUAGGGCAUGCUGGAUAAACACUCUACCCACUGAGCGCCUCCUCCCUCCUUCCCUCUCCCUCUCUCAAAAAUAAUUACUUUCAUUUUGUGUCAUUUACAUUAUUUAUUUGUCUCUUGAGAUAGGGUCUCGCUAUGCAGACCAGGCUGACCUGGAACUCACCUAGGCUGACCCAGAACUCUAGCACUCAAGAAAUCCUCCUGCUGCCAGGUGGUGGUGGCACCCACCUUUACCCAGCCCUGGAGAGGCAAAGGCAGGCAGAGCUCUCUUUUUUGUUUGUUUUUUUGUAGUUGUUUUUGAGGCAGGGUUUCUCUGUGUAGCCCUGGUUGUACGGAAACUCACUCUAUAGACCAGGCUGGCUUUGAACUCAGAGAUCAGCCUGCUUCUGCCUCCUAAGUGCUGGGAUUAAAGGUGUGUGCCACUACUGCCCUGCUGAGGCAGGCAGAUCUCUGAGUUCGAAGCCAGCCUGGUUUAUAGAUGGAGUUCCAGGACAGCCAGGGCUACACAGAGAAGCCCUGCCUUGUAAAACAAAAAACACAAACAACAACAAAGAAAGAAAGAAGAAAACCUCCAGCUUUUUUCUUAAGAUUUAUUUAUUUAUUUAUUUAUUUAUUUAUUUAUUGUGUAUACAGUGUUCUGCCUGCAUGUACACCUGCAAGCCAGGAGAGGGCACCAGAUCUCAUCAUAGAUGGUUGUGAGCCACCAUGUGGUUGCUGGGAAUUGAACUCAUGACCUCUGAAGAGCAGCCAGUGCUCUUAACCUGUGAGCUAUUGCUCCAGUCACCCCCCACCCCUUUAUUUUUUGGUUUUUCAAAACAGGGUUUCUCUGUGUACACGUGGUUGUCCUGGACUCACUUAGUAGACCAGGCUGGCCUCAAACUCACAGAGAUCCACCAGUCUCUGCCUCCCCAAGUGGAGUGGAGUGCUGGGAUUACAGGUGUGAGGCCAUUGCACCCAGCCUGCCUCAGCUUUUCAAGUAGCUUGGACAAGAAGAAAGUGCCACCCUUGGGUGGUGGAGGUAGGAGGAUCAGAAGUUUAAGGUUAUUCCCUGCUACAUAGUGCAAAAGGCCUGAUCCUGUCUCAGCAACAAAAGCCUAGCAAAGCCGUAUGCUGGGCACCCUGCUCUAUUUUGUCUGCUCACUGAUUAACUGUGUCAAUAAAAUUCCUCCUGCCUCUCUCCUCUCUCUGCUCCUGUCUCCUUACUACCCCAACUUGCUCCGAUCCUCCUGUGUGUCCUGGGGCCUUUGUACUCACAGAGCUCUGUUCUGAGGAAACUCUGAAUUAGCUCACCUUCAGGGGCUCAGCGAUGCCCUCCUUUGGGCAGCCCCCACCCCGGAUCCCUCUCAGGCUCAUUUCCUCCAGGUCACUUUUAUUUCUUGAAACGAUCUUAGGUGGUGGUUCUCAUUUCCUGUCACCCUGCUGUAGCAUCCGCCACGCCAGCCCCCAGACACAGUCAGGUGCUCGGGAAAUGUUCCGAAUCUGAAGAGAGUGCACAGCUGUGAGGUCUGCGGUGUCACUCCCCGGGACUCCAUGCAGCAGGGGACACGGCUGUGCGGGAGGCUGCUGGUCCGGAUCAUGUCUCCACCCACCCCAGCCUCUGAGCUUCCAGCCUUCAUCCUCCCCCAUCCAUGGCUGACUCGGGCCCAUCACUCCAUGGUGUCCUUGACAUUCUAGGAGCCUUGGAAAGGGACAGGCUAGCCUGCCUGAAACACAAGCUAGGGAGUCUACAUCCGGGCAGCCAGGAGUCCAAGCUUCUCCGAGCCAUGGUACUCUUGGUUCUGGGCCAGGACACGGAGGCCAGGAUCUUUCUGGAGUCCUUGAAGACAGACACAGUGGCCCAGCUGGUAGCCCACCGGUGGGCAGGCUCGGAUAGCACAGAGGGCCCUGAGGAGCCUUCAGACUUGUCCUGGACAGUGGCUCGCCUGUACCACCUGCUGGCUGAGGAGAACCUGUGUCCAGCCUCCACAAGGGACGUGGCUUACCAGGUGGCCCUUCGUGACCUUGCCUCCCGGGGUGACCACCAGUUGGGCCAACUCCAGAACGAGGCCUGGGAUCGCUGCAGUUCAGCUAUCAUGGAGGACCCCGGUGGCUUCCAGCCACUCCAUUCUGAUCAAGGUCCCCUGCCACCACCUUCAGCAGCUCAUUCAGUAACCAGGAGCCAGCCUCGUCCCAUUGACACGUCAGACUGGAGCCGGGGACGUUCUCUGCAUUCUGCAGGCAGUGUCGCCUCACUGGCCAGCCACUUCGAGAUCAGCCAGUCACCCACUCUCCUCUUCCUCUCUCCACACCGUGGGUCCCAGGGGCGCAGCAAGCUGUGUGACACAGCCCUGGGCACACCGGAGGCUCAGCUUGCCCCCGCAGGCUGCCAGGAACCUGAGGAGGCGAGCUGGCCCUCCUCAGUGGAGACUACUGCCUCCUUGGGGUCGCCACCCAGAACAGGGGUUCCAGGGAUGUCUCCAGAGGUGGCUUCGGCCAUCCUCCCUGACUCCCCGGCUGCUCCAGACAUGGGUGUCCACAGCCCUAUUGAAUGCUCGGAGGUGUCUGCAGACUCGGAGUCUCCCGUGACAUCCACCACGGAGGGUGUUAGGACGCAGUCUAUCUCAAGUCAGAAGACACCUCAGGUUUCUGUGGGAGAUGAUGCUCCGCAGAAUGCCACGGCCAGCCCCUCUGCCCAGCCCCCAGCCCCCCAAGCCUCCCCUAUGCUGUCUCCUUCCCCUCUGUCCUCCACGUCCUCCUCCAGCAGCUGCCCUGCCCCACCAGGCUCCACAGCCCCUGUUCUGGGCCACUCCGAAAUAUCUGAGCAGAAAUUCUAUAACUUUGUGGUUAUCCACUCCAGAGCUGAUGAACACGUGGCCCUACGUAUCCGGGAGAAACUGGAGACCCUUGGUGUGCCUGAUGGGGCCACCUUCUGUGAGGAGUUUCAGGUGCCUGGACGUGGGGAGCUGCACUGUCUCCAAGAUGCCAUUGACCACUCGGGGUUCAUGAUCCUGCUCCUGACUGCCAGCUUCGACUGUCGCCUCAGCCUGCACCAAGUCAACCACACUCUCAUGAACAGCCUCACGCAGUUGGGAAGGCAGGACUGUGUGAUCCCCCUCCUCCCGAUCGAGUGCUCCAGGGCCCAGCUCAGCCCCAACACCACCAGCUUGCUCCGCAGCCUCGUGUGGCUGGAUGAACACUCUCCAAUAUUUGCCAGGAAGGUGGCGAACACCUUCAAACCACAGAAGCUCCAGUCACACCGGCUACGCUGGAAGAAAGAGCAGGAGGCCAGAGCCCUCAAGGAGCAGAGGACACAGCUGGAGGCCCAGCGGCGAAGAGUGGCCGCCACUUCUGCCGCCUACACAGCCUACUUCCACAGUUACAAGGCCUGGCAAGAGGAGAUGAAUAGACUAGGGGUGGCCUUUGGGAAGGACUUGUCACUUGGGGCCCCCACACCCUUCCCCAGUUGGCCAGGUUGUUCACAGCCAAUACCUUCACAUCCACAGCAGGGUGGGACCCCAGUUUUCCCCAAUUUUCUGCAGCCUCUAUCUUUCCCACAGCCUGCGUCUUUCCCGCAGCCUCCAUCUUUCCCGCAGUCUCCAUCUUUCCCGGAGCCGACUUUCCCGCAGCCUCCAUCUUUUCCGCAGCCCACAACUUUCCCGCAGCCCUCAUCUUUCCCACAACCCGCAUCUUUCCCGCAGCCUCCAUCUUUCCCACAGCCCACGUCUUUCCCGCAGCCUCCAUCUCCCCCAAGUUCCCAAUCCUUCCCAGCAGCUUUCUCCCCAGGCCCCCAGACCCCAGGACCUCAGCCUCUCAUAAUUCACCAUGCCCAGAUGGUUCAGCUGGGGGUCAACAACCACAUGUGGGGCCAGACUGGGGCCCAGUCGUCCAGUGACAAGCCCGAGUGUUUGGAGGAGCUCUGCCCGGGCCUUCUGAGUGACCAGGGGGCACCCCUUCACGAGACUCCAGAGUGACCAUAUUGGAGCCCACCUGGAUUCCUAAAGUGACCAGCUUGGUCCCCACUUCUGCUAAAGUGGCUAGGUUGGAAUUCACCUGGGCCCUAAAGUGAUACUGGGGAAGGGGACCUCACCUAGGCCCCACAGUAGCCAUGAACUGGAUGCAGCUUGGUACACCAGAGGCAGGGAAGAUGCCACCUGUAAACCAUGGCCUGGGAAACAUGCAGAACCCCCACUGAACACUGGACAGGACUCUGUGGGACCCCAACCUGCAUUCCCUAGGUGGACAGCGGAUGGUGGGGCCGUAGGCUCCUCUGAGGCGCUGACCACAGGGUCUCUCUGGGGAGGAUGUGCCCCAGCAGCACAUGGAGAAGGUCCUGUUUUUAUAGUAACAAAGUUAUUGUGUCACAAGCCAGCGGCCCUGCCUCCACCACCCUCAGCAAAAAAGUGGAAUCAGAAGGGAGGCUUGCCAGCCCGGUCCUUCAGUAGCAGGAACCGGAAAUUAUGUAAAUAUAUUCUCAUCCCAUUGGUGAGCGUAGGCCACGUGGCCUUCUGGUGCAAGACACGGAGGGAAAUGUAGUCCUUGAAAGGGGACAGCGGUGCUAUCUCAGGAACUCUUGUGAUGUCAGGGAAGGAGGAGACAGACACCAGGGAGUUUGUAGCGGUUUUGUUUCUGUGGGCUUAUUUAUGUUCUGCAUUUGUGCCAGGGCAUGGGGGGAGGGUCAGAGGACAAUUUACAAGCGCUGGUCCUCUUCCUCCAUGCCAGUCCUCCCCCACCAGACACUGCCCUUAUAUAUUAAAAAAUGUUUUCCACA